AUGCGAUCGGCAGGACCAGUCGAGUUGGGACGAAUCGGCCGCGCUGCGAUGGCCGGGACCCACGAAUGUAACCCCAGAACGGCACGCAGACGGAAGCGAACAAGCUGCGCUGAUAUGACAAGUGAAUGGGCAACCAGCAAUAAUCGGCAAUGCGCCAUGCGCAAUGUGGCCCUGCUGGGUGCUGGGUGCUGGCUGGUCCAGGGCUUCUCGAAAGGCCAGGCCAGACAGGGCUUGGCGGCCUCCACUCUUCUGGCGGCGGGCGAAUCACACCGGCAGUCAUCGCAUACCGCGAUUCGAAAACACUUUUCCGGGUUCGCCACGAGGUAUAUGGAGACUGGACCUCAUGCCAAGGAAUCUCAAUCUCCUGCUCAGGCACGCUCGAGCCGGAGUCCACUCGCCGGACUCCGCCAUUGUAGGCGUGGACUCAUUGCCAUUGGCGACGACUCGGGAUCUGGAUCGUUUGAGACACCGGCCACGAGUUGGAAGCGUUGUGGGCGUGUUUACGCGCCUUCGCCGCUUGUACCUCCUCUCCCGUCAACCCAGCGGGGGCAAUUCGCGGCUUUGAAAUCGAACUGGACAAAUGACAGGCCAGCCGUGGCAGACGGCGCACUCCUCCCGCGGCACGCGACCGAGGCCAAUGAAGGAUCCCGGAGCACCAAUCCGCGCAGGACGGAGGACAUCGUUCCAGUCUCAGUAUUCUCAGUGUUCCCACUGUGCCCAUUGUUGCCAGCCCUCCCCGUAGUUAUCGGUAGCUCGAUCGGUGUGCAGUAUACACCGUACGAUCCAGACUGGUGGCGGGGUCUGGUCCGCUUUGAUCUCCGGCGAACAACCGCAUUCGGAUGGAGCAUAACGAACGGCGCUGCCGUACGGCGGUUGUUUCAUUGCCUCAUCGGCUCAUCACGCAAGGGAGGUCCCGGGAGCGACCGUCGCACACUGCGGCUGAUUGCGCCCGGGUCCCGUUGUGUUCCCGCCACCGUGUAUCUGUGCUGCAACGUUGGGGCCCUUUUCCCCGCGUCCCGAGAGGCUAAUCGGCUAUGCCAACGAAUCAACUCGGCGCUGCUCUGGUUGAGUUUCGGCGGUGUCUCACAACCCUGUGCGCUUUGCAUGAUGAUACCCCGGAGUCCGCUGAGUAGUCUCAUGGGUCUCAUGCGGGGAGAUCAGAGGGAGGAGGCCCAACAAAGAGACCAAGGGCAGGCGCAUAGCAGGACCGGGCAAGUCAAUCCCGUGUCCUGCGCCAGCCGCCAAUAG